CACGAAGCACGACGAGUGAACUAUACCUCUCAGCUACGCGAAAGGAGUCUUCGUCUGGUACCGGAUCAGACCUCAUGUCCCAUCUGCAGCGUUCGGGUCCGUCCAUUGUCAAGACACGUUCUGGCAGCGUGUUAUCUCGGGGUUUUAUCUUGAAGACAGACUACUACCCAUCAGGAAGGGCCCUGGAUCUUGAUCUCAAUGUACACGGUGCUCCAAACUUCAGGGCCCCUAGGCAAGGAAAUCUCAAUAUAUUUGGUGCCGCGCAACCUCGAACACAGGGUCUUCGAGCAAUCCUUUCUAUUCUGCGUGCCCGACCGAAUACAGCAAACCCGACCCACGUGGUAUGGUUUUCUACGAGAGAGGAACCUAUCAUAUAUAUAUCUGGACGACCGUUCGUACUUCGUGAUGCAUCAGAGCCUCGGCGAACGCUGAAGAUAUCCGAUCGCGCCGAGAAUCUAGAAGAUAUAGAGAGACGUCUUAAGAAUGAUAUUCUUCAAGAAGCUACCAAGUACGGUGGCCUUAUACUGACCCACAAUGAAGUUGCUUCAGACAGUGGCGAAGGUGCUAUAUUACCGACAUGGACGGCAGCCGAUGCCAGCAACGUGAAGACAUCGCGAGAGGUAUGGGAAAACAUGGCCAGGGAUGGGUGGAACGUCGAGGUAUGUCUUAUCCCUAUCUCACCCGAGCGGCCGAUUGAAGAUAACUAUCUAGAUGCCUAUCUCUCCGUGAUCAAGAAGACAGACCCACUUACUACUGCUCUCGUAUUCUCGUGUGGCAUGGGUGCUGUCCGGACAACGUUCGCCAUGGUUGCGGCUACUCUGAUCAGAAGGAAGCAGUUGUUGCAGGCCGGCUUGGACGACCCAUUUGCUCGGCGAACCUUGGGUCUCGGAUUCAACCCUCCGACGGUCGAGGGGACGAACGGUGCUUGCACACCGACGAGAUCCCCCGCUAGUUCUCCUGCUCCUGACAGCAAAAUCGCACAAGCUCUGGAACAGGCCAAUGCUCAACAGGAUCUGAAUCGUUCUCUACUAAGACUCACUUAUAUACUACAGCGAAGUAUGGAACAGGGAGACUCCCAGUCUGCAAUCGAACUUCUACUUGACCAGCCGACCCUUCUGGACAAACUAAGAAAGGCACACAUGGGCAAUUACAGUGCAAUAUUAAGCUUACUAGGAUGCCUCGACAACGGACUUGCUGCUAAGAGAUUGGUGGAUCGGGUUAUCGAUGCUUGCGAUCAUGUAACGAACCUACGAGAGGAUAUCCUGUCUCAUCGGGUGAGGUACUCACUAACAGUUACCAUGGACGAGGGUCCCAGGGAGGAGUUCCUCAACAAGGCUGUGAGGUCACUGGAGAAGUACUUCUUCAUUAUCGCCUUUGCGAGCUAUGUGGCUACUCAGGACCAGUUCACGACGACUUUCUCUAACUGGCUGAAGGCAAGAACGGAGAUAUGGAAUCAGGUUACUUUCUUGCGAAAAGUCCAUGGCUCUCGUCUGAACGUCUUCGCUCCCGUGAACGACCUUUCUGCCCUAUCCAAGACAGGGUCCGAGAGCAGAGCCCUAGUGCCUGGCCAAAAGAAUGACAUCGCCAUUUCUGGUGGCCAGGUCCUUGGGGAUGAAUACUCAGACCACGUUGUCAAGAACCGGAGCGGGAUUAUCCUCCGAGAAGGAACGCUCUUAAAGUCUGAUCAAUGGUUGAGUGAGUCUCAACACGUCGAGCGUGGAGUCAGGGGAGCCAUAAACUUCCGAAAUAUCCCCGGGACUAUGAUCUAUGCAUUGGGUCAACCCACUAUAGGUGCGAUAGACGAGGUCGUCGGGAGGAUAAAAAACGCGCACCCGGAAGUAGACCACGUCGUAUGGAUCACAUUGAGAGAGGAGCCAAUUGUCUAUGUUAAUGGAGCACCUUACUGCUUGCGAAGAGAGGGGUUCUCUCUGCGAAACAUGAAAGACUAUGGUGGCAUUUCCGCCAAUAGAUUAGAGGUGCUUGAAGAUAGGCUUCGAGACGAUGUGGUCAAUGAAUUGCACACGUUCGGUGGCAGACUUCUCCUUCACACAGAGACGGCGGAUGGUUCAGUAAUCCCUGUCUGGGAAGAGGUAAAGGAGGAGCAUGUUGCCGUGCUUAAGGAAGUCAUGGCCUCUCGCAGGACACCAGAGAUUGGAAUAGGUAUACACUACACGCGGAUACCGAUAACAGCAGAACGCCCCCCAGACUUCACGGAUCUCAGCGAAUUAAUCGAUGUUGUGAUACGGACGGACUCUACUAAUACGCCCAUUGUCCUGAACUGUCAGCUGGGUCGAGGGAGGAGCACAAUGACCGCUGUGAUUGUGCUCCUGAUUCAAAGAUGGCUUGAGAAUAGUCGAUCAAUGAAGGGCUCGCUGACACCAAGUCUAAGCCGAUCAUUAUCUGUAAAAUCAAUGACAGAACACCACGCGGAUACCAGCGCAUCUCGACGUCGGCGUCAAUCCUAUACAGUGAUAAAUAACUUGCUUCGUGUAAUCCGGAAGGGUCCGGCAGUCAAAGAUGCCGUGGACGAUGCCAUAGACCAGUGCUCAGAAGUUACUAACCUGCGGGAUUCAAUUGAGGAAUAUCGAGCGCGAGCGGAGCAGGCCACAGAUGAAAGGCAAAAGAAGUCCUUCGCUCAGAAAGGACUGCAUAAUCUCAGACGUUACUUCGAAUUGAUAAUUUUCCAAGCAUAUCUACGAUCCACGGAACCCGAUACCAUGCAAUCGCAUGAAACGUUCGAGAGCUUUGUAGCUAGCCGACCAGUCCUGAAGACUUUUGAGAAGGAGCUCCUGGUAGAUGGCACGGAUGCUCUCAAGUUGAUACAGCGCGCCGAUGUCGUUUCAGGAGAGGCGUUACCAGAUGAAGUCAUGCAAGUCGUGACCAAUCGUUCUGGUACCAUCCUUUCGGCUUCGACCAUCCUGAAGAGCGACUUCUUCUCUAAUCUACAGAAGAUGACACUGCCAGAACGCAUCGAGGGCGCACCCAACUUCAGGAGAGUACCACUGAUGCUCAAGUUGAAACAGACCACCACGCCCUCAGAAGCGGAUUUCCAGCCUUGGAUAGGUCCUGAUGCCAAGAUGGUUUGUGGGAGCGGAAUGCCCACCGUGCAAGGUCUGAGGAGAGCACUGGCCAGAGUUAACGCGGGCCCAGAAGGGUCGAAUACAGUCUAUUGGACAUCUCUACGAGAAGAACCCGUACUCUACGUCGCCGGCAGGCCGCAUGUUCUGCGUCUCUUUGACAGGCCCUUGGAAAACGUGGAAGCGACCGGCGUCACUACUGCCAUGGUAGAAGCAAUGGAGAUCAAUUUCAAGCGCGACGUCUUGCGAGAGGCGAGGGCUGGUAACGGCCGAAUCCUGCUUCAUGAUGAAGUGGAAGAACGGCCUGGAGUCUUCUCUCUUGUUCCGAUUUGGGAAACUGUCUCUGAAGCAGACAUCUUGACACCUCGCGAUGUUUUCGAUCUGGUUGCACACGAGGGGUAUAAGAUUAACUAUGAUCGUGUCGCGAUUACUGACGAACAAGCCCCAUUACCCGAUGCACUUUCUCAACUAUACGAUCGUAUACGUACAGGGCUUUCCAAUGCUGGCGACUUCGUGUUCAAUUGUCAGAUGGGUCGCGGUCGGACGACGACUGGGAUGGUGACGGCGUGCCUCAUAGCGACCACUGCCGAUUGGAAUCAUCAGCAGGAGCAAGUUGUUCAAGAUGAGAUGGUCGCGGAGGACUAUGACGCCCUGGAUGGGCCAUCAGAAGAAGAAGCGUAUCUGCAAGGGGAAUAUAAGAUCAUUCUGCAGCUGGUCGGGGUACUUUCUCAUGGCAAGGUCGCGAAGAGAUUGACAGACCGUGCAAUCGAUCUGAUGCAAGACGUGCAAAACCUCCGGAAAGCCAUUUAUGACUACAAGCUCAAAGUUCAAGCAUCUGAUAAGGGCAGUGCAAAGUGGCGGAAACUAUUCAAUCUUGGGGUUAAUUACCUGUAUCGCUAUGGAAUGCUUAUCGUAUUCGCCAACUACCUCAUCGAAUCUAGGGAAAGAACAGGCAGCGGGACCACGUUCCCGGCUUGGCUCAGGGAACACAGAGAGAUUACCAAACUUCUUGAAAAGCGUUCCUUGGAUUGACGCGGAGUAAGGAAUAGGUAGCGAUCUAGUCAACCACGUCUCUGUAAUUCGCGCCGUCUCAACGAUCAUAAUUAGCUACCAUAUCCAGGAGUAAGC